UGUCGGGUGGGGAGGCAGGUCAUGCCCGCUCCUUGUAGUCUCUUCUCUCUCUCUUCCCUCCUUCCCUCUCCCUCUCUCUCUAUACCCAGUCAUCUGGAUAUCGUCAGUACCGGAGUGAUUCCUACAUGAUUAUUAACACUCAAGCAUCAGGUGUUGUGCUUAUACGUGUGAGAUCCCCAGCAGCAGGUUCCUGGCGCCAGCGGUAGGAUCCUGGCCCCAGCUGUCAACAGCGGCACAGGUUCCUGGCGCCAACUGAAGCCCUGCAGCUGUCCAGUAUGCUAUGAGUAUUCUCCUACUUGACAACAUCUUGGGGUGCGGCGGCCGCAAGCGGGAGUGUGUGUGUGUGAGCGGGAAGGCGCGGCCCUAUGCAGGAGCAGCCUGGCGCAGUAGAGGCCUCACCCAGAGGCUACGGGCGGUGGAGUUUGGAAGGACGUAAUAAAGACUCAGAGGGACGGGGGCGGUGAUGAUGGUGGUGUACAAUGGGUGACGGGCGGCCGUGGUGGGCGGGCCCUCGCCGCGUGCGUCGCGUACACGGCCUACAGCUGCCCCUUCACCCACAGCAGGUGUUAGCGUGGCUUGUGAUGGUCGCCUUCACUGCCCUUAUGUACGGCGCCGUCCUGCCCGCCCUCCACACCCGCCUAGCCACACCCCUUGCAGUCAUCACGGGCGUCAUCUUCGCCGCCCACGUCCUGACGCACGCGGUGGCUCUCGCUCUGGACCCAGCAGAUCCGCAGCUCAGGGCCCGCAAGGACCGCCAACAAGUGCCCGAGUUUGAUCGUAAUGUACAUAACCAUGUGAUUGAAAACGGCCGAUGCCAUCUGUGUAAUAUUACAAUAACCUCGAGUCGGACUAAACACUGCAGCGCGUGCAACAAGUGUGUGGAUGUAUUUGACCACCACUGUAAGUGGCUGAACCACUGCGUGGGUCGCCGCAACUACCCAGUGUUUCUGGCCUGCGUCGUGACGGCCAUCGUCGCCUGCCUCCUGGUGAUGGCUACCUGUCUUGCAGAAAUUGUUCUGUAUUAUUUCAAUAAAGAAUACCUGUCCCCGUGGGAGGCGCCUCGACCCCAGCAUAAGUUACGUGAAAAUCCCGGUGCCGAGGCGUCGCUUACAUGCUCAGAAGGGGCGCCAUACUGCCACUUCUCCAUCUUCGGUGCUCUGGUCUACGACGGUGCCUUCAUCGGGCUGUUGUCGACUGUGUUCUCCGUGGCCCUGGUGGCGGAGGUCCUCCUCGUGCAUCUUGCCGCUUUCCAUGUCUACAUCAUUUUCCUGGGGUUUACAACCUAUGAGUAUAUACGAGGCCAUCACUUGCGCGGCUCGAACUCUGCCCACUCCUUCGCUACAUAUGGGCGUGAGGGUGGGACGGAGAGGGAGGGUGCUGUGUGCGGGUGGGCGGUAACUCGUCGCCCGCCCAACAAUCAAAUAACGCCUUCCUCUACCACCGACACAGCACUGCUCUCUACAAUAUCGGUGGACUCCGUCAACACAGUGACCACUGCUGUGCGCUCUCCACGGUCUUCCACCUGUUCCACCCCAGGCCUGUCUCCCACCACUCCAUCAGAGGAUGCUCGCUCACCAACUGUUGCUAAAAAUCAUCUCCAAAAUCACUCCUUGCGUUACCAACAGCCUGGUGGACGCUUCAGUUCGACUAUGGUGUCUCCCACCAACACCGCCCCUAGAACACCUCCAGCAAGAACUUCUUCAGUGCCACAGUUGCCACAGAUCCAGUUAGGACGGUCCCGGGCACAGUUACGAACGUUGAGCCGCACUGUGUCUACAGCGGUCAGUGAAUUUUCCGUCGAGGAUGACAUGGAGGUUCGAGUGGUGUCGGUUCCACGACCUCGACCCUCUCGUCGGCGCCUGCGGUCCAGUAUAGCGCCACAUCUGUCCCCUAUCAAGGAGUGCGACCAAACUGCUCCCAGUCCACCCACCAUGCGGACACUUCGUGAGCGGGCAAGUUGUUCCUCUAGUCCAGCUGCUAGUCCAGCCCGUAGCCCUGGUCGUAGUCCGGGCCGAAGCCCCGGUCGUAGUCCGAGGCGUAGCCCCGGUCGUAGUCCCGGUCGUAGUCCGGGCCGCAGCCCCGGUCGCAGCCCCACCUGCAGCCCCGCCUGCAGCCCUGCCCGCAAUCCACGAGCCAGCCCCGCACAGGGUCCACACACCCCCACCAGACCGAGUCCUCUAGUAGGCAGUGUAGAUGUUACAAGACGUGCCAAUGGCCAUAGUGUUGUGAGUCGAGUGAAAAUGAACGGCAGUGUUGGUGACGGAAGUACCUUUUACGGCAGGACGGCUCAAGAUAAUAAUGUUAACAAUACAGUGAGUAUCAAGGAGAGUGAAGAGUGUAGCAUCCAGUCCAGCACUGAGGACCCUAACUGCAGUAUGCUGGGGUCUGGCUCGUGUGGCUCAGGGUCUGGUCGACACCACAAGAAAGGGGCAGGGAGUGUGGAGCUGCACAUGUAGCAUCUCGCCCCAUCUUCUCCCACCGCUGUCUUCAAGGUGAUUGCUGACACUUGCCAGCUGUAGCUCACAGUGAUCAUGUGGGUAAUGCACCUCUGCUACUGCCACUCCGUAUGUGACAUGUGUAAACCUUGGUAAUGAACCAUAUAGUACAUAAUAUAAUGACAUGUUAAAUAAUAUAAGAAAUGAUUCUUUCUAAAGCAAUAUUUUGGUGGUUAACAGUAGUCCUGAGCCAAUAUUGUGCCAACAUUAUUUUCUGGACCAUUGCUUUGGACUUAGGACCAACCUUGCAUUUUAAUCUCCAUAUCAACAUUCCCCUCUGGUCCCUGGGGCACCAUUAUGUUCUAGUCUUGGGCCUGUUAUCCUCUGGUCCCUGGGGCACCAUUAUGUUCUAGUCUUGGGCCUGUUAUCCUCUGGUCCCUGGGGCACCAUUAUGUUCUAGUCUUGGGCCUGUUAUCCUCUGGUCCCUGGGGCGCCAUUAUGUUCUAGUCUUGGGGCUGUUAUCCUCUGGUCCCUGGGGCACCAUUAUGUUCUAGUCUUGGGCCUGUUACCCUCUGGUCCCUGGGGCACCAUCAUGUUCUAGUUUCGGGCCAGUGUACCCCUUGCGGUCCAUAGUCUUCCUUCUAGUCUAGAGUUCAAGCGUCCUAGUCGUGCCACUUGUCGUGCCACUUGUCGUGCCACUCUAGUUCCAGGCUAUCGCUUUCUAGUCAACUUUCCCUUCAAGUAAUUGGACCAUUUCUAGUUCUGCCAUUACAGUCCCAGCGAUAACUCUCGUGACGUUUACAGACCAACAAUUCCCACUAGUCGAGGGCCAGUGCUUCCCCAGCCGUGGCACAUGCUGCGGGUUCAUACACCCAGUUGUGAGUUCAAUCCUCAGCUGUGGGUUCAUGUACCCAGCUGUGAGUUCAUAUGCCCAGCUGUGGGUUCAAUCCUCAGCUGUGGGUUCAUGUACCCAGCUGUGAGUUCAUAUGCCCAGCUGUGGGUUCAUACGCCCAGCAGCGAGUUUGCACGCCCACCUGUGGGUUCACACCCAACUGUGGGUUCAUACGUUCAGCUGUGGGGUUCACACAACCAGGUGUGGGGUUCACACAACCAGGUGUGGGAACACACACUCAGCUGGGGUUUCCAAGCCUUUCGUUGUUGGUCCAGGCUCCCAGUUGAGUCUUAAGCUCAAUGCUUCGAGCUCUUGUACCACUUGGCUGCAGGUUCUGGCUCUGGAAAAAUUCUACAGCUACAGCUCCUAUUCUCUCUGUGAGCUUCAAACUGUGCUUCUUAGCAUGUAUGUAGUGAUCUUAGCCCGUGGCGAAGGUGGUGCCGCAACUACCAGCUGGUUACCGCCACCCCUCUCUUGCCUACUGUGACACAUUACUAGGACCUGGCAUCUAUUCCACUUCUUAGAAUUUUCUAGUUAUCCUGUCUAGGCCAACCGCUUCCUACAGUACCUCCCUAGAAACGCCAAGCAUAUCAUCUGUCAUAACUGUCAGAAAUUCCUGCCACCAGGACCUUUCAUGAUUGCUGUGUCCUGGAAGCUGUCGCCACCUAAGAACUGUCAUAUAGGACGCUUCUUAGGACUAUGUAGACCCACCGCAGCUCCUGGCCGCGGUGUGUCAUCUCAGAUGCGGUAAGUGCAGCCUUCCCAGGGCUUGGAGGUACAUCACCCUUCAGUGCCUGGAGUGUAUUCUUCCUGAGGCUGUGUACACCCGUUUGCUCAUCCUCGUCAUAAUAGUGAAUCCUGAAGGUGAAUGUGUAACAUGUACAUAUAAGUCUGCCGCCUUACAGUUGAUAGACGACAAUGAAUAUUAGAGAAUGCAAAAUAUAAUAUAUAAAAAAUAAUUUCAAAUUCAAGAGGGAAGACGAAGCGAUCGACACGCGACUGUGUUGUAGUGAGGGGUGUAAACACAGGAGCGUACAUCAGAUGAUUGUUGAGCUUGUGAGCCGCUGUGAGUGAUAGUUGUUUGUUAGCCGCCAAGAUUGAUAGUUGUUUGUUAGCCACUGUGAUUGUUAGUUGUUUGUUAGCCACCGUGAUUGAUAGGUGCUGCUUGUGAGCCACUGUGAUUGAUAGUUGUUUGUAAGUCGCUGUGAUUGAUAGCUGUUGUUUGUGAGCCAUUAUGAUUGAUAAUACAUCGUAUUUUGUCCGAUGUAUUGUUCAAGAGAAGAGGUUGGGCGGAGUGCAACAUGCUACCUACAAACGCUUAGAACCAGCUUUUAUGACUCCUGUCAUACACAACUAAACAUGCUUGUAAAUACUGCCAAACAAAACAUGAUCAUUAAGAAUGAGAAAACUAGUACAAUCUGACAUGUAAUAAAAUAUGAAACAUUAAAAGUAAUAACAAACUAAAACCCAGUCAGAAACAGGCACGCACGCAUGCACACACACACACACACACACACACACACACACACACACACACACACACACACACA